AUGCGCUGUAGCUUUUCCCAGACCCUGGACACGGAAGAAGAAGAGACCAGUGCCCCUCCUCCCCAUGUCACGCCCCGGCGGCGACGGCGCAAAGACCUUCCCUCUGCGCAGUCCGAUGUUUCUCUUUGCCUGACCUUACUCUGCAUUGCUUUCCUUUCCACCCGAGCUUCUUACGACCAACUGAUGUGGAGUUUCACGACCCCAAACCUUGUCCCAACUCUUCUGCAGCAAAUGCCUGCGCCUAGCCCGAGCUUUUCUCUCCCGGCAUGGUUGCUGAGCUCACCGCGCGCAUUCAGACUUCGGUCUCGGCUAGGGCGAUCGGCCCCCCCACAUUCAUCCAUCCCGCCUGGUUUUCCAGCACAGGCGGUCCCGGGAUCAGGGGCCGGGUGGAAAUGCGGAAGGAAAAAAAGUUCAUGA